CUUUCCGAUCGCAACUAGACAGAAAAGGGACAAAGUCUCGGCCCCGAUCGGCACCAAAGCUUCGCUGGACGGUUCAUGCGGGGAAAACUAACUUACGGAUUCAAUUGAUUGGGAUAUGGUUACUACUUGUCCUGUGGUUAUAACCGACUUGUUUUGUUUUCUUUUUCUUUGUCUCUGUUUUGCUUUGCUGGUCGGUGAGGGAUUGGGUUGACACGACAUAAGUAACACAACACAACACAGAGGAAGAGGAUGGACCUCGAUCUCAUCUCCGAACCGCACGUCAAAGACCUCGCGAGUCGAGGCUUCGUUCGUGGUCUUACUUAUUAUUCCCGCCAGCCUUUGACACUGUCAUCAUCAUCAUCUGCAUCGCAAUCUCCUUCCUCACGGACUAAGUCGAAUUCCAGCCCAAUCCCUCUCUGCCAUUACUACGGUGGCGUGCGCUAUGCCUUCGCGCCGGCAAAGAGAUGGCGGAGAGCGCGACCUCUCCCGUCAGACUUUGUAUACGGCACGAGGCACAAUCCCGGUGAUUGCACGGGUAGAACGAGAGAGUGUCCGCAGCCCGGGAGAGCUCAUGCGUUGCGCAAGAAGCUGAAGAGGAAGCUGAUGGAGGAAGGGAAGAAGUUGGAGGAGAAUGAGGCUGAAAGGGAGGAUGUGUUUCAGUGUAAUAUUUGGUGUCCGUUGGAUGACGAGGAGAGGCCGGAGGAUGGAUGGCCGGUAUUCUUCUUCAUUCAUGGUGGUUUUCUUCAAUUUGGAACACCUAAUACCUUCUCCGCUGCCGCCCUCUUGGGCGAGACGGACUUCAAGUGUGUUAUCGUCAUGCCAGCUUACCGCGUAAGCGUCUUUGGUUUCCUCUCGUCCGUCGAACUGGAGCGUGAUGCGGAAAUGUUCGGCGAACCCUCUGGAAACCAGGGCUUUUGGGAUCAACGCAUGGCGCUCGAGUGGACGAAAGAGAAUAUCGGGUGUUUCGGAGGCAAUCCUGAUAAUAUCACCAUUGCGGGAUACUCGGCUGGCUCGUACUCCGUAUUCUAUCAGCUUGCAUACGAUCUCUAUCAACCGGACGGCAACGCCAUCAUUAAAAGAGCCAUCAUGUGGUCAAACGGACCAGCCAUGCAACCCAAAUCUCGCCUGUUUGCGCAGGAUCAGUUUGAUGAACUUCUAUCUGUCCUCAAUAUCCCGCUCCUUCUACCCCCAGCUGAUAAGAUCGCUAUUCUCCGCUCCCUACCAAUUGACACCAUACUCGAUGCUCUCGACAGUAUCAAACACUACCACGAAUUCCGCCCUCACACCGACUCCGAUUUCAUCCAACCUUCUCUCUUCCAAGAUAUCGACAACGGCAUCUUUGCCGAAAAACUAAUCUCCCGCAAUAUCCGUCUCAUGAUCGGCGAGUGCCGCGACGAGCAUUUCCUCUACGCUACCCACCGGCCUCCACAGAGCGACACUCUCGCCUCACUCGCCCAUCGGCUCAAGGCAGACUACUUCCCCCCACCCGCCGUCGAUAAGCUGAUCCGUCUCUACUAUCCUGACGGCAAGCUCCCACCGGACUGCAAGAACUGGCACACCGAUGCCUUCGGCCGCAUCUACGCCGACAUGCAGAUCCACCUGAUGGAGCGCGGUCUCAUCAACGCCCUGGCCCGCACGGGCGCAGGCCAUCUGAUCUAUCGUUACCGUGUGGAAUUCCGCCUCAAGUGCGUGGAUCGCAUCUUCCCACCCGAAUGGGGCGCCACGCAUGCUGCGGACCAGUGGAUCUGGUUCUGGGGAAAUGGCAUGCGGAUGCUCGAGAGGGAAAAACACAUCGUGAGGAAAGGCGUCUUUGAGCCGCUUGUCAAGUUCGUCCAGGGACAAGAGGACGAUAUUGGCUGGGAAGCGGUUCCUGGGAGGGUUCAGGAGGUGAGGAGGUUGAGGGAGGAUGGGAAAGUUGAUGUUUGGAUUGAUGAGAGGUGGGAUGAAGGAGUGAGGGUUUGGGAGGAGCUGAAGGGCUUUGGUGCCACGAUACGUGUCUCGGGGAGGUUGUAGAUGUAUGUAUGUAUGUAUAUCUCGACGGUUUCGAUUGAUAAAAACACCAUAUAGAGCAUGAUAUAGCGAGUAAAGCAGGCCCAAAAAAAACCGAAACUCUCCCUCUUUAGAAGUUAGUUACGUACUGCUCAAUGCUCUAACGUUAUACAACGUGGAGUAUCUCAUCCAAGGGCCUAUAUACACUCUUCCAAACCAUCCAUCAAUUCCACCAAGAAAAGCUCUAACCCAAUUGACAAAAACCGACCUUCCUCACUCCCCUCUCUUAUCACCCCAUUUCUCUUUCUCCUUCUCCGACCGCGCAUACUGCCCCCCUUUACUCUCACGACUCCCUCUGAAACCCCGCUCCGGAUCUCGAUUCACGUAUCCUAAUAGAUCUCGCCAUUAGCCCUCCAUUCAUACACAGUACAUUCCACUAUACUAUAAUGACUAUAUGCAAGUAGAUUGAUAUACCUAACUCCUCAUCCG